AUGUCGCAGAAACAUCUGACUUCCUGCAAAGAUCUCGCGGAAAGGAAAUCCUCAACUUGGAGGAAGGACAAAGAGUCUUGGAGGGAUUCUCGCAUCAAGUCUGCAAUUCUUUACGGAAAAGCUAUUCCGAUACAGAGUUACAGAGGUGUGCAUUUAGUCCGUUUCGAGCACGAACACGGGAAAGAUGGUCCGUUCGUAGUCAUAGCCGAGGAAUGGCCUUUCCGCUCGCACAAGUCUUUGACAAAUCCGGCGCUUCCAAACGUCAGUAAACAAGCUGGUAAACACUUCAAGGUCAUUUGUUCUUACAAAACAAGCAAGGAAUGUAUCAAUGCUGAUGCUGGAAAACAUUUCCUGAAAUGA